AUGUCAUCGCCUGUUCGAAAAACCGGUUCUCUGGAGGGAAAUACGAGAAUCAUGCACGGAUUUGACGACGCAGCGUAUAGAAGAGUCAGAAAACAACAAAAAAUAUGUUGGGAGGAAAUUGUUCGAGAGGAGUACACUGAUAUUGAUCAAAUGCAAGCUACUCAUGAAACUUAUGCAGAUCCGUCUUCAUCCACAUCGAACUUCAGAAAAGGGAUACAGCAUGAAGAUAUGAAAGGCGCUCAAUUUGUGGUCCAGUCGAACCUAAAGAUUAUGUCAAGAUCAAUUGCUGCGCUGAGCAAAAUUUCUGAAGAUGUUUUAAUUGAAGUUUCCGAUAGUGGGUUAUACUUCAAAAUUGUCAAUCGUUCAAAGUUUUGUGUCUUCCGAUUUGCUCCAGAAUUCUUCAACGCUUGUGACGUUUCAUUGAUUAAUAACAACUCUGUCAAUAUUUGUAGACUGUCUAUGAAAUCAGCUCAAAAAAUUUUCAAAGGCGUGGCGUUUGGUGAAAAGAAUUUCGUUGGGUGCGAGUUCCGAAUCGAUCCAAGAGCCGAGAGAAUGAUGGUUAAAUUGCAGAUGAAUUAUGACAUUGACCGUACAAUCCAUGCGAAUCUUCGUGAAAUGGGAUCCAUUCUUCAUAAACCAACUUAUGAUCGUUCCACCUGCAGAAAUACAACCGUUGUGUUUGCUUCGACUCUUCUCCCUAUUCUCGCUCAAAUGAAAUCAGAUAUUGAAGUGACUAUGAAUGUGACUAAAGAUGGUCUUACCAUUCGAAAUUUUCAUUCAAUGGAUGGAAUCUCAAUGUUCAAUAUGAGUGAUCAAAAAGGAGGAAAGAAGGUCAAAACAGAAACUACGAUCACUGCUGAUAAACUGACUCGUCAUAAAAUUCAAAUUCCUGUAGAAUUUUCAUUUUCUUUUAAGGAAUUUAUGGCGAUUGUCAUAUUCGCUGAUCAGUUGGGCUCUGAAGUAUGUCUUUACUAUGAUCUUCCUGGCAGACCUUUCAUUCUUUCAAUCGAAGCCCAUCCCAAUUUCGACAUUGAACUUGCUCUUGCUACCAUGGGAAAUGACGACGAAAUUGAUCUAGAUGGUGGCAUUAUUAAAGAAACUUUGAUUCAUCACGAAGUAUUGAAGUCCACCCAAUCCUCUGGAUCCCAUAAAAACUCUAAAAGAAACUCACCAUUGGAUGAAAUAAACAUUUCGAGUUCGAGCUCUCGUUCAAAACGAGGACCAGUGCCAAACAUUCAAGAUAAUCAUUCGCAGUCACCUUCUCAACCGAGCAAAAACAAAUUUAUGUCUGGCCAAGAAAAACCUACUCCACCGGUUGCUGAUAUGUCAUGGAGAGAUCACGAAAUAAUUGAUGUCGUUGAACAAAGAGAACCAUCGCCGGAUGACGAUGUUCAACCUGUAGAAGAGAGAAAUACUCCAGGAGAAGUCUUAACCGAUAUUAUGGAAAUUGAGGAACCAGCACAAAUGCUGGGUGAUAAUUUCUCAAUGCGUCAAGAAAUGACCGACUUUUCACAAAUGAAUAUGUCAAAUCCCCGCGAUGCUGCGCAGAAUGAAUUGAAGAAGCAAACUAAAAUAGAAAGAGAAAAAGAGAGAGGGAGUACCAUAUAUCUUGCAAGUGAUGAGUACAACGAGCGAAAUGAGAUGUUCAAAAUUCCGGAACCAAAGAGAAGAAAAGUCGACGACAAUAGGAACACAACGAUACGUCGGAUUCUGAUGGGAACUGGGAAGAAGCAGCUGAUGCGAAUGAGCCAACAGUUCAAUGGAGCACCCUUGGUGCCGGAUACGCAAAUUUGA